CACCGAAGGGCCGUCGCCGCCACCGCCACCGCCACCGCCACCAGUUAUUCUUGGGAUGUGUUCUUGUGAUAUCGAGAUGAGAUUUUGAUCAGCUCUUAUCCCAUCUUGGAUUGAUUGUGGAGCAGAUAUCACCAAUAUUGUCUUCAAAUCUUUUAGAGAGCUGUUAUUUCAGGGAGAGAGAGUUCAUGAGUGGUGUAACCAAGAAGCAUCAGCGCAGCCCUUUGGAAGAGGGCAAUGCAUAGUUCUAGUGUAAGAUAUAUACCUUGCGGGUGGGCUGCAUCCCCACACAAAGGCAAAUGGCAGCAAAGAUUUGGUGUGCUUCAAGCAAUACAGACCUUCAAGAAGAAAGUUGCUGAAGAACCAAAUGAUGGAGCCAAUUACCUCUCCAUUUUGAUCGAUUGCUUUCGCAGCUACAAUGCUGAGCCGACCCCAUACGCGUACUCAUUCAUCAUUAGAUAUCUUUUCCAAAGGCAUAUGCUCUCCCAUCUUCCUCCAGUCCUCGAUCAUCUUGAGAAAGCCGAGAGAUUUGAUGUUCCACAGAGAAUCUUUGUCAGUGUCAUCCGGAGCUUUGGCAGGGCAAACCGCCUCCAUGAUGCUGUUGACAUCUUCCGCAGAAUCCCAAAUUUUCGAUGCACCCCCUCCGUGAUCUCUUUAAAUGCAUUGCUCUCUGUUCUUUGUAAGAGCAAGGAAGGCCUUGUUCUCGUCGGAGAUGUGUUGUUGAAGACUCCAGAGAUGAACAUUCGACUUGAGGCAUCUACAUUUCGGAUUCUGAUAAAAGCUCUUUGCAGGAAUGGGAAAUUGAAUUCUGCGAUUGAGAUUCUGAGAAUGAUGUCACUUCAUGAAUGCACCCCUGAUGCUAAAUUGUACUCACUAGUUCUUUGUUCACUUUGUAAACAAGCAGGUUCUGAUCAGGUAGUAGAAUUCUUGGAGGAAAUGCGAAAUGCUGGUUUUUUGCCGAAUGCAUUAGAGUAUAAUAGUGUCAUCGAUGUCCUAAUCAGAGAAGGCAAAGCAAAUGAUGCUUAUUCUUUUAUAACUCUGAUGAGAUUGGAGGGGAAAAGACCUGACAUCACCAGCUAUAACAGUAUUCUAGAUGGAUUCAUCUUGGCAAAUGAUUUCCAGAAGGCUGAUGAAUUGUUUGAUGAAAUGCUUUUAAUAGGCCUCUUUCCCAAUUCUGCCACUUACAAUACCUAUAUAAAUGGCCUAUGUAAGCAAGACAAUCUUGAACAAUCUCGUCAAAUGAUUACCUGCAUGGAGAGAGCAGGUUGCAAACCUGACAUAGAGACCUUCAAUGCAUUGUUGGCUGGAUAUGCAAAAGUGGGUGACAUGGCUAAAGCAAAGGAGCUUAUGAAUGAGGCUCUUGAUAAGGGCCUCCAAUGGAAUUCACAUAGUUAUGAAAUCCUGAUUGAUGGUUUCAUAAGCAAAGGUGAGAAGGAAGAAGCACGGCAGCUAUUAAUGGAGAUGAUAAGCAAGGGGUUUACUCCAGUGUCCUCGACUUCUAAUGCUUUGACAUGAAGGUUUUGUCGGAAAGCGCUCCCUUUGUGCAGCAACUAAAAUGCAAAGAGAUGAUCCGCCUCGAUAACUCCUGAUGGUCGUUCAUGUCAAGCUUUACUGGUUGGGCUCAAACUGUGCUUUCAGGAACCCUUGUUUUCCUUCGAGGACAUUUUUUGAGAAACAUCAUGCGGAUAACUCCCGAUGCGAAUUCAAACCACCUAGUCUUGCUGGCCAUCGUUCAAAAUUUGAUUGUGCAGUUAAGAAGUUUCCGAUGGAUUACUGAUCAUUGCAGUCCAGACACUGUUGCUUGUGUGAAGAAUCUAACAUGUUAUUAUUCUUUUAGUUUCAUCACUACAUGUGAGGCAUACACAUCUCAAGUUAAACAAUUUCUGAAGCUGAACUAGAUGUUAUUUGAGUCUUCAGAAAGUUACCAUGGCUUGAUGAUUGGUUCUUUGAUAGUCUCCAUCACCUGCUGCCACAAGCCUGCCAACUGAUGCGACGAUAACAUGUCUAUAAUCUAAAUAGCUGGUAAUCAGCCGGUUAUGUUAUGUUGCAUGGCCUUGGGCAUUGAACAAUUACGAUGAAUAAAAUGAUGUCUAUCAUUGUGAUUUA